GCAGCUGCCUCCUGGGUUGCCAAAGGCAGGCAUCCAGGGGGCUUUGUCUGACCAGGCUGGCCUAGGACAGAAUGGGGUUUCUGGGGGUCCUGCUGGGGGUGCUGGCUUUCCUAGGGGUCGCUCCACGAGGCUCCUUCACCCUUCACUGGAAUAGUACCUCCUGCUACUUGGUCAAGCCCAUCCCUGGUAGCCCUCCGGGCUCCCUGAGCUUCUUGGGCCAAGAUGCCCAAGGCUUGGCACUAUUCCAGGCCCUCUGGGAUGCUCACUACAGGCUGAAGGUAUGUAUCAGGCAGGAUGAAGCUGAGCUCAUCAGAGCUUUCAGGGCCCUCUGUACUAGUGAGUCCUGGAGGCACUCCUUCAUCCACACCCCUGGACCUGAGCUGCAGAGAGUACUGACCACUCUGCAGAGCCAGUGGGAGGCCUGUCAAGGGUCUGAGGCUAGUCCCACAGGAACCAGGGAGAAGCGAGCAACAGGGCAGAGUGGAGCACCUGACGGAGGGCAUGGUCGAAGGAGGAGAGGCUGGACCAUUCCUGGCACGCUGUGGUGUGGAGUUGGGAACUCUGCUGAGAACUCCUCAGAACUGGGUAUGUUCCACGGCCCUGACCUCUGCUGCCGGGAACACGACCAAUGCCCACAAACCAUCUCACCUUUGCAGUAUAACUAUGGCAUCCGAAACUUCCGAUUCCACACCAUCUCUCACUGCGAUUGUGAUGCCAGGUUUCAGCAAUGUCUGAGGAGCCAGGGUGAUUCCAUUUCUGACAUCAUGGGCGUGGCCUUCUUCAACGUGCUGGAGAUCCCCUGCUUUGUGCUGAAGGAGCAGGAGGCCUGUGUGGCAUGGCACUGGUGGGGAGGGUGCAGGGCAUAUGGCUCAGUGCCCCUUGCUCAUCUUCAGCCCAGGACCUACUACAAUGCCUCCUGGAAGCCUACAGCCAUCUCACCUACUCCCAGCCCCCAGAGUCCAGCCCCCAGCCAACACUCCCAGAAGAGGCGCCCACAGCAGAUACAAGCCGGGCACCAAAGCACAGCCACCACCACGGCCUUCCAGAUCCCUGCAGUCUCCUCCAUGCCUGAUAUGGUCCCCAGAGCCCAGCCAGGAGUUCCCCAUCCAAGCUAUCAGGGUGGCCCAAAACUUCAAGGUGCUCACCGAGUCUGUCGAACCCUUCGACACCUAGACCGGUGUGAACACCAGAUCAAGCCUCAGGAAACCAAGUUCCAUCUGCUCAACGGAGCCCAGAUGCCCCUGUUCCAUUGCAAUUGCACCCGCCGCCUGGCUCGUUUCCUGAGGCUCCACAGCCCACCUGCAGGCACCAACAAGGUCUGGGAGCUCCUGGGAACCACCUGCUUCAAGCUUACCCCCCAACUCGACUGCGCUGAAGACAAAGGCUGUUCCAGAGACCACAGGGCCAUCAAGGUGUCAGCUCGGCACUUGCGGAGGCUUCAGCAGAAACGGCUCCAUUUCUGGGAUAAAGGCACAGAUGGGACUCUGGCCUGGCCUCUGGAGCCUUCAGGGACCUCCAGGUCAUUCUACAGCCAGUGCCUGCAAUUAACCCCAGCAAUCUGGAGAGCUGGUGGACAGAAGAAAUUCCGGAGCUCAUGACCUCAGGCUAGCAGCCUGGGCGCCAGCCUGGACCUCCUUCCUGGCUUUGCUAUGUUCUGGGAGACUUGGUCUCUUCUUUGAGGAACAGCGUGGCUCUCGUGGACAACAGGAGGCUUGAUAGGAGGAGCCUCAAGGCCCGAAUGCUGGGCCAUAUCUGCUGUACUGGAUGACUGGGAGCUGAUGCUACAGCUACUGUGCCUGGAUGUGGUGUUCAGGAGGCUCUUUCUGAAGUCUUGGGUUUAGACCUUGCCAGGCAACAUCAUACACAGGUGGAAAUGGGGGACCAGAAGCAAGUACCUGACUGUCCCUGUUGCAAAAUUAACACGUCUUGAGACCUGCCUCGGGGAGGGAGCCUCAGCACCUGGCUGUGAGGCCUAGAGCUGCAGGUAGGAAAAGAGAGCUACAGCAGAAAUACCCGGAUGUGAAUCCAGCAUGGGGAACAUGCUCGGAACUCUCCUCACUGGAGACCCCUUCUUUUAAUAGCUUCUGGGCCCUUCCUAGCCUGAACUAAUAUUUCUGCUCUAACUCUCAAUUGAAAUCUCUUCUGUGCCCUUGAGGAGUUAGGACAAGGGACCUCCUUUCUCCACCCUGAGCCUUAGUUUCCUCCUCUGAAGAGAGGAGGGGUUUUGUUUGUUUUUGUCUGAGCCAGGAUUUAAUUGUAGCCCAGGCUGGCUCUGGCUAUGUACACGAGUAUAACCUUGGACUUCGGAUCCACCUUCCUCUACCUCCAAGGGCUGGGAUUACAAGACUAAGC